CCCACUUUAAGAGAAGAUGGACUAACGUGACAAAUGUCAACAAAUACAAUUCUCGACCGGCCCAGAAGUGAAGCGGCCCACCGGGAACUCUCCCGAUUCUCCCGAUUACCCACCCCGGGCCUGUCUCAGACUAAUGACAUUAUUAAAAAGAACACAUGGAUGAUUAUUGAUUCAGUUCGCCCGGCCUUUUUCCAGCAUCAGACGGCGGUUUUAUUACCGCAAGGGACUUGGUGACAUUUCCAGACAACAGUGCGAGGACGGGGACGCGAUACUGAACGUCUCACUGACUAAGGAUCCUCAAGGUGUUGCAGUCAUGAUGCUUAAUGGUUUCUUCUUUCUUCUCUUCCUCACAGGUGGGGUGGACUCUGAGCGUCACUGCAGUUAUCAGGAUGUUUUAAGUCACCUGAAUCUGACCAAAAACAAGGAGUUGUAUUCAAUGACCCGGCCCGUUAAAAACUACAAGCGGCCCACGUUGAUAUCCCUGGAAGUUCUGCUGUACGCCAUCCUGGAUGUGGUUGAAAAAGACCAGAAAUUCAUCCCUUAUGUUUGGACGGUCAUGAGGUGGCACAACGAAUACAUUUCCUGGGAUCCAAAUCAGUUUUGUGGAAUCAAUAGCAUUUCUAUUCCUUCUGGAAUUCUGUGGAAGCCAGAUCUCACUAUUGAAGAGAUGACAGAGAAGGACAAAGCUCCCGCGAGUCCGUAUCUCACCAUCAAUCAUAAAGGUGACGUAGAAGUCCAGAACUACCAGGUGCUGGUCAGCUCCUGCAGGAUGCACAUUUACAAAUUCCCUUUCGACAUACAGAGGUGCAACCUCUCCUUCAAGUCUGUCAUUCACACAGCAAGAGACAUUCGGCUCCUGGCCAGCGACAACUCUUCAGAGGCCACAGAGUGGUCUCGUGAGGUGAUGCGGACCCAAUACGAAUGGCUGUUCAUCAAGAUGACAGUCACCUCCAAAAACGCCAGUGAUAUUCUCGGCCAAGACAUGGUUAUUUACACUAUCACCAUGAAGAGGCGGUCUAUCCUCUACAUCGUCAACUUCUUGAUACCCGUCCUGCUCUUCUUGUGUCUGGACUUGUCCUCCUUUCUGAUCUCAGACAACGGGGGAGAGAAGCUCAGCUUCAAGGUCACGGUGCUGCUCGCCGUCACCGUGUUGCAACUUAUUCUGAAUGAAAUUCUGCCUGCUUCUUCAAACAGAAUUCCUCUUAUCGCGCUCUACUGCAUUGGAAUCUUUGGCCUGAUGCUGCUGAGCCUUCUGGAGACGAUACUGGUGAUGCAUCUGAUGGAGAAAGACUCCAAAGCAUCCAAAGACCUUGAGGCAGAUAAAGGCCGGAGUCAGGGCGGUAACAAGCGGGGCAAGGCCAACAUCCAAAACUCUCCCGGAGAGGUGCACGAAUGGACUCAAUGUGCGUGUGUCUACGAUGACUCUACUGGUGAAACUCCAUCUGAACUGCUGCCUGUGGCCAAAGAGGGCAAUAGCAGCAAACUGACAGAAGAGUACCAUGCCUUGGAGAAGCUCUCGGAUGAGCUAAGAGAGGUAGAGAAAACACUGUCGCUGCUCCUUAUCAACAGGAAGGAAGAGGAGAAGCCCGGCUAUUGGACAAGAGUGGCUAAAAAAGUCAACAGAUAUUUCUUUAUUUUAUAUAUUACAGUGGUCAGCCUGUUUUUAAUUUAUAUUUCUUUUGAAUGGAGCAAUGCAUAGAGAGGGUUAUUGCUCAAUAAAGAGAGAACUGCACAUAAGUGCUUCUGUGUAUGUGUGUUUUUAGUCAGUUGCCGAGCGGAGACACAAACAGAGAGAGGAUGAAGUGGUAGUGAAGGGAUGCCGAGUGAUUUUGAAAGAAACCGCAGUGAAACAAUCAGAAAACAACAAUUCCCCAACAUACUGUAUUUCAACAACAAAAUUCGGUUUACUUGAUACUGACCUUACCUGUUGUCUGUUUCUACACCUGAGGCGGGGCGACAUUUUAUAAUACAUUUUAUGUUUUACAUAUUGAUUUAUUGAGAAUGGUCUAAGCAUUGGAAACAAAGUCUAAUGACAACAUUGGCCAUUCUGUCAUUGCAUUCAGUUGCAUCAUUGACAACAACACUGUAACUUUCACACCUAAUUAUAGUACACUAAUAUGACUUUGGAUUUCUUUAUUAUUAUUAUGUAUCACAGAUUGUAUAGAUUAUUGCAGGAAACAUAAAGAUUAUAGUUUUAAUUGUUUUGAGGAAAUUCAAUGCAAUGUAGUCAAUGCUGUUUGCUUCACCCUACAUUAUAUCAUGCAUACAUUAUUUAAUUUAUGGAGCAGUUCUGUGAUCAGUUGUAUGUACGAUCUUGACUUAGAAAUACGAGAUUCACUGUGUCAUACAAAUAAAGACCACAGUCAUUAUGCGUGAA